ACAGCGAAACAGAGGUGGAGCUGUUACUCUGCACCGAAGCUCGCACUGUUGGGUGGGCGGAUCGUGGCGGUGACAGCGACUCUUGGAGACUCACGACAAACUGUCGAAAAGUACACAUUUAACGCCAUGGCAGAGUUGGACCUGAGUCUAAGUGAUGCACUCACCGACGCUCCCCAGACAGGACCGGAGAGCCUAGUGCAGCGGGACUUUGUGGCUCAACUGGAGGCGGAGGCCUUUGAUGAUCAGAUAGGGGAGACGGUGGGGAAGACGGACUACAUCCCUCUACUGGACAAUGAUGAUACCAAGACUGACACAGGUACUGUGCUGGAGAAUGGAGAGCAGAAGGCGCAUGGCGCACAAAAGCCUGGUUUUAAGUUGACCUCGGGGGGACAGACAACUGUGGGACACGCGGAGCCUCAAGGUGAGGUGCGUCCAUUUGACCAGAAGCAGGCCUUGGCCACAGAUUUCUUAUCAGACUCAAUGUCAGGUGACCUAAAUCCUCUGGACUUUGAAAUGAUGGAUACCGACAUGAUGGGAGAUUUUUCAGGUUUCUCUCAACCCAUUGGAAAUGAGGCUAAUGUAGCGAUAGGAGCUGCACCUCUUCAGGCAGAGAGACCUCCAAGCAUAGCAGAGCCGCAGCAUGCUACACCCACGCUGGGCCUCGAUGCUCCUAAAGAUCACAGUCCAAUGCUCCCUGAACCGCAGGUUCCUCGCAGCUCUGAAGAUCUACUGGAAGUGAAAUCAGAGGAAAUGCAAACAUUGGUGAAGAUGGAGAAUAUUGGGGAUGUUGUCAAAACGGCUGAGAAGAAAGUUGAAUUUUCAAUGCACGAGACUCCGGCCAACAUGGAAGAGAAAAUUAAGAAGGAAUUGCACCAAGAUACAGCAAAAGGAAAGGAUGAGAAACAGGAGGAGGAGAAGCAAAGUGACAAAGAAAAAGAGAAGCAAGUGAAAUUAGAAGAGGUAAAAGAGAGAGAAGCGGUAAAGGAGGAGGUAAAAGUAGAGAAGGAAGCCGAAAAAGAGCUGAAAACGGAUACAAAAUUGGUUGAAGGAAAGAGGAAAGAGGCAGGAAAGGAUGAAGUAAAAGUAGAGAGGGAAACCGAAAAGGAGCUGAAAACAGAUGAAACACUGGUUGGGGAGAAGAAGAAAGAGGGAGAAAAGGAGAAGACUGUAGAAAAACAGACAGAAAACGUGGAAGUUUCAAAACAAGGCGCAGAGAUGAAAAAAGAGCCACAGACAGUAGAAAAAGUUCAGUCAGUGCAGCAGACAGAAGAAAUCAAGGAAGAAAUUAAAAAAGAGAAGCCGUUAGAGAAAAUGGAAGAAAAAGAAAAGGCUAAAGAAGAAGAAAAGGUGGAAACGAGAGACCAGGUCGAGAGCAAAGCUGCGAAGUUAGAGGACGUAGAAAAGGUGUUCACGGGUGAAAAAACAGAUAAAACCACGGAGAAGCUUGACGAACCGCAAAUGAAGGAUGUUGAAGAGCACAGCGAGGAGUUAAACCAGACCCUACAUCAACAGAAGACCCCUGACACACAGAUCCUGGUUACUGCAGAGGCUGAGCAAAAGGAAAACACAGAGGAGGCCAAGGAGAAACCCACAGAGGUGGAGAAGGUUCCUGAGAAGGUCAGUGAACAACUAACAAAGAAGACCGACGAGCAAAAGAAGCCGGACCAAAAACUGGCAGCAAAGAAGGUUGUUGAGAAAAAGGAUGAAAAGAAGGACAAGGCGACAAAAGCAGACUUCGGAGACAAGGCCAAAAAAGCUAGACCUGCCGUUAACGGAAGCAGCGCGGCACCAAGCAAGGAUCUGGCGACUGCUGAUAAAAAACCCAAGCCCGCUGCUGGGGUGACCAGACCGAGCACUGCUGCGAAAAUGCGGCCGAGCUCUACAGCUCCUAGCAGUGGGUCACCUGCAGUCCCUGCUAAACGCCCCACACCCUCCACCACAGACAAAAAAACAACCACUGCAAAGCCACCAUCCACAAACACUGGUGGCCUUAAGCGGCCCUCCAGCACUUUCACCAGUCGCCCCUCGUCACUGACCACAACCGCGGCACGUGAUGCCAAACCCAAGGUGACCACGGAGAAACGUCCCCCUGUGCCAAAGGCCACCACUGCCACCUCAGAUCAGUCGGGCCCUGCAGCUACCACCAAAAAUAGAACCGCUCCCACGGCGUCCAGUAGAACCACUCCAUUGACUACAUCAGCUGCUACGACAGCUACUGCUCGUACCACCAGCAGCACAGCAGCCAAAAGGCCUCUGGCUUUAAAGACGAGCAGCACAACAGGAGAGGAGAAGAAGCCUAGCGCUCCAAAGACAUCUGCUGCUGACCCCAUGAAGCCCAGAACCACCAUGGCGAGUCGCACGGCCGGGGCCGCCAACGCCUCUCGCACUACGGCAGCCAAACCGGCUACGUCAACCUCCACCUCCGGCGCUGUCUCUGAAAAGAAACCUGCGGUUCCCCGUGUUCCGCGGGUUUCUACCUCAACAACAACAACAACAACGACCACAACCUCAAAGACCACGUCACGCCCCAGCACCGCACCAGGCCCUGACAUCCGCAACGCUCGCUCCAAGAUAGGCUCAACAGACAACAUGAAACACCAACCUGGUGGAGGAAAGGUGUCAUCUGCCUCUCAGAGCAGGGCUGUUGCUUCUAAAGAAACGAACCAGAGCAAAGUACAGAUAGUCUCCCAAAAACUGGACUUCAGCCACGUCACCUCACGAUUGGGGUCCAAGGAAAAUAUGAAGCACGUUCCUGGUGGAGGGAAUGUCCAGAUACUCAGCAAGAAGGUGGAUGUGAGUAGGGUGACGUCAAAGUGUGGAUCCAAGGCUAACAUCAAGCACAAGCCUGGUGGCGGUGAUGUGAAGAUCGAAUCUCACAAACUGAAGUUUAAGGAAAAGGCUCAGUCCAAAGUUUCCUCCUUGGACAAUGUGAGCCAUUCACCUGGUGGCGGGAAUGUCAAAGCUGAGGGGGGCCAGGAGGCAACAGAGGGGAACGGGACCCCCCUGAGUGGAACCGAGGUCCCAGCAUCAGGCUGCGAGCCAUGUCAGACUGGGGGCCCCGCUGCGCAAGAGAAUGGGCUGAAGGAAGGGGCUCCUUUUGGUAGUGUUGACCUUGGGGAGCCCCGGGGUCUAGAGUCAAGCAUCCCGGAGACAAGCAUCUAAUUCUGCUAUCCCUUUGCCCUCUUCAUCUCAACCCCCACAACAUCGCCUCUACCCACCCUCACCCCCCCCUUUCCUGAUUUUAUAUCUUAUACGUUCCCUUUAUCCCCGCCCUUCCUCUCCCCAAUCUCGACCUCUCUGCUGCAGAUUGAGUCUUUCAAGCUCAACUUCCACAAGAAUGCCCGCUCCCGCACGGACCACGGCGCUGACAUCGUUACCAUGCCUGCCCAUCGCGAAAAGAACCAACCCCGCCCAUGAGACCUUUCUUACUCCCUGCGCAUCCAAGAACAAGAAAAAGCACCGCCGCCAACCGUCACCGCGCAGUGCGUUCCUGUUUGAAUCGGCGAACACCGAUGCUCUGCUCCCUGGUCGGAAGGACAGCAACAGACCCUGACAUUUGAACCCCGUGUCAAAUCAAGAAAAAGAUUUGCCCCUAAAAUCUGUGCUGUCCCACAGUUUUAGCUUAUCUCAUAGAUGUCGCUUUUCAGUCAUUUCCCUCAGCAGGCGCUGAUCUUUAAAACACCGUCAACCUCGUUUCGUUCCUGUCAUGUCUUUAGCGCAACGAUUCAACGACACCCCGAGAUGUUUGCGAAUUUAUGUGAAGGGAAAGUAGAGAUUUGGUGUGAAUUCAUCACCUGUGCGCACCCUUUUCUCCAAACCUCACCUAUGACUUGGAGUCAUAGGUUCUACAUUAAGCAUCUGUCCUGGUGGUGCUUGCUCUUAUCCGGCGAUACUUUACUCAAAAAUGAUACGUGUGUCACCUGAGCAGCGAAGAAAAAAAAACCCCGAGUAUCUCUUCAUUGCCAGUUCGUUGUGACCCUUUCCCUGUAACUGUUGGUCUUUGCCUCUGUAACAAAACAGUAGUCAUUCACUAUUCGCCGUCAUCGUCCUCCGUACUCGACAUAAACAAGUUGACAAAAUAAGUAAACAAUACGUAGGCUGUGUUAGCAUUUAAGGCUAUUUAUUCUGUGUUUGUGAUCACGUGUUCGAGUGGCAAAACAGGGUAAAACCAAAAAAAAAAAGGGUUUGCUGUCAAUUUCUAACUUGAGUUCAUGUCUUUGCUCUUACGUUUUCGACGAUUCCUCCUGUUUAUGCAGUACAAAGGUGUUCUUGUUCAAUGAACGGUUCGAGAGUUCAAAGAGACCUGGGACGUUGGGACGUCGAGGAAAUUGGCAGACGUUAGAGGGGAAAUGAAAAUGUAGAGGAGAGAAUGAGACAAAUGAAGGUGCGUCUGAGAGUUUCAGUCUUACCAGAAAGGAUGUGGUGAUGUAGCAAAGCUAUCCGUGAGUGUCUGACCAGGUAAUUUAAUCCAAAAAUAGUUACAUCGAGAGCAACUGGAUGUAUGAGAUGUAACUAUUUCCGGUAGUCCAGACAAAGAAAAAUGUUUGUCUUUCUUUCUUAACUUUCUUAACUACAGAUUAAUCUCACAACAAACACGAAGGCGCUGGUGUAGUUUUGUGAAAUCCAUGCAACUGAAGCUGUCCUGUCGUAGCCGUGCUUAUGCAGGAUUAUAGGUGUUGUCUGGCUGUGAGUCACCUCCCUUUAAAAGUCUGUACGCCAGUCACAGGUAGAAGAUUUAGAUGUUUUCACUAAGUCACAUGGCGAUGAAAACUGAAAAAGGAGACUCGGAGCUGUUGAAAACGAUUUUCACGUCUGUCUUCAAUUCCUGCGACCGCAUCAGCGUUGUGUUCAACUAAACAGGCCCAUAUUUCACACUUUAAAAAAAAGAAUGCGUAAGUGAAUCGAAACCAGAAGAUCUCUGUAUACAAACGUACGCUGUUGGGAGAGUUUUGUUUGGAGGUGCAUCGCGGGAUUUUUCUGAUGUAAAACGUGUGCUCGUGCUCAAAAAGCUUUCAGAAACACUGUUCUAGUGCAUGACCUGAUAUUUAAACAUCAACCGGCCACCUCUAAAUUUCAACUGUUUGUAUUCUUACAUUACUUGUUUUAGAAGCUACUAUCAGGGUGAAGGGAUCUCCGCAUUUAAUAAAAUUUCCAGCCACUCGACUUACAUCUUCACUGACAUGUACUCAGUAUUGACAUUUUCAAUCAUUCAAGUGUUGAUACCUGAAUAUAUUUUAUCUGCACCUUAUCUGUCACUUACUGCUGCUCGUAUAUGCGUUCACACGUAAAAAAAAAAUGUGUUGGUAACUUUUCCGUAAUCCUUGGAUAAAGUAACGCAGCUAAAUAUUCCGAGAGACAAAGCGACAGUUCUCUGCUUUGACACUUUUGUUUUAUCCACACAGAUAAUUAUGUGAUGUGCAAGACACAACAUGGAAUGAAAUAGGUCUUAAUUUGUAGAAAUAUUUCUGGCUUAUAUUUAAUGCUGAUUGGUUGUUUUUGAGUUGACCUUUUUAAAUCCAAAACGGACAGUUUUUAAGACGUACCAGAUACUAGGAUUUAUCGACUAGCACUAGUAUGAAUAACUGAAAUAAUAAAAGCAUUUAGGUAUGUUUUCAUUUACUUGACUGUACGUAUAACACAGUGAAUGGUCAGAUGUUUAAUAUUGGAGCGACAUACCUUUGUUGAGCGCCCUCUAGUGGUGACAAAAAUGUAAUUUGAUUUUCUCACAUACCCGACGAAAGCGACCCCAACCUUUAAUAUUAAAUCGCCCGACAGUCACUUGUUGCUUCUUUACACAUUAGUUUGCCCUAAACAAUAAUGUCUAAGAAAAGAACAGGACAAAAACAUCAUGGGUGUGUUUUCUGGAAAUAGAACUUGUCUCAUGACAAUGUUAAUUCACUUUUUGAACUCUUAAGCCUGUUUGAGUAUGAUUCAGUAAUACCACUUUAAAACAGCAACGCUAUGACAGCUGGAAGCCUGUUAAGAAAGGCCUCCACGUUGACGUACGUUGAAUGGCCUUUUGACUUUACUGGCUAUUAUUCCUAUUGCGCGUAUGGCGAACUGACAGGGUUUGCCUUUGAUUUUCAGAAGGGGCCACUAAAGUGGGAGAAUGUCUCUUAAGAUGUGUAUUGUACUUAAGACGCAAUGCUUGUGUAUAUAUAUUUAUCAUUGUGUUUGUGUUGCCUCGUGCACUCACGGUGGUUGAAAGGGCUGUUGCUGUUGCUUUUGCUUUCAGAUACGGUUUGCAAAGUGAGUCGAGGAUCGUCUGCAAGUUGCCGACAGUUGCACCCAAAUAGCACACACGGAGUGUCCAAAAUUUGUUUUUUUUAAGCAGGUGUUUUAACUACAGCUUA